AUGAGACAGAAAGAUGAUGAAGAAUAUGCCGAACUAUUGGGUGAGAGCGACAAGUUAACCGAUGCACAACAUUAACAUUUUAGGGCGACUUCGCAUCGGCAAACUCAAUGCGUCAGAUGAAGAACUGCUACAAAAACGUGUCGUUGGCAAUGGUGUUCAGCUCGGCGAGUCGAAGAGACGUUUCAAGGCCGCUCCAGCACUUUACGUCGAUCUGGCCAAAACUGACCCAUUUGCAAUGGCUGUUAUGCCGAGAAGACUAGAAGUCGACGAAUACGACAAUGAAGUAAACACCUACUCAGGUAAAAUUUCAAACUUUUCUUGGCUCUUCUGAAGACAUUCUCAAACUUUACAAAAAAAAACUUUUCAAGACAAAAAACUUUUCCAAGACCUUUUCAAACUUUCUGAAGCACUAAGAAAGGCUUAGAAAAGUUUUUAAACUUUUUCAAGAAAUUCUCAGACUUUUUCCAGAAAUUCUUAAACUUUUUCUUGCCGAAAUUAUUUCAAACUUUCUGAAACUUUUCUAAGCAAUUCUCAAACUUUCUCAAGAAAAGUUUUGAAGAGGAAUUCCUAGGCCACGAAGUUUUGGACUCCUCGUGGACAACAAUGUUUUCUGCAAACUUUUUAGCGUUUUCCCCAAUUGUUAUAGUUGUAUAUAAGGGUUUUCGCAUUUUUCGGUCUUGUUGAGCUCAUAAUUGAAUUUCUUAAUUUUUAAAAGUAGUCUUUAACGAAUUAAGCGGCAAAAUAAAGGAAUAUCCGUGAGAAAUUGUAGAAUAGGCCUAAAAAGGCAUUUUUUUUAACUAAUUCAGAUUUUUUCCGCGCUUUCUGCAUUUCUUACAAUGAAGUAACUGAAUCGGCACUGUUUUUAGUCGCUUUUUUUCAAAUAUUUCACUUUUCCGAACACCACACCACCUCGUCCGCGACAGUUUAGCAAAAUAAUUAUCGUUUAUAAAGUACUUCAGUAAGAUCUGAUCAUUCGAAGCGUUUGUUCGCGUUUUCUUCCAUUUUUAUUCUAAGUUUCUGAGUUUACUGCUACCAGAGUUGAGCGGAAGAACUCAACGGAAGAACACGAAAGAAGUUUUUAUCACUUAUAGUAAAUUUUUUGAUCGAAUGUGAUCAACUGAUAAAAUGUAUAGCAAAGUGAACUCUGAUCAUAAAAAAUAAUUGUAAAUUUAACUUUUCAUGCAAAAAGGUUAUUCGAGUUGUUCCGUGAAAAAGGGGGCUAACAGAAGACGGAAGGAAAUUUACUGUUAAGCAUCUCGUUGUAUCGCUAUUCGAAAUUGGCUCUUUAUUGACCGGAAAAAAGGAGAGUUCAGUGAAAUCUCCUUUUCUGUUAUAGUUUCGGCACUAGGAUACGUUUCAUUCCCAAGUACUCAGGCCUGGGCGAGUUACCGGUUCCACAGGAAAAAAAACCCACGAAAAACACAAAAGGCGAAGAAGAGGCGAUUAUCAGGGCUGGGCAAUUGGCCGGCACGGGCUUUUCGUUGGCCGGCCCUUGACCUGGACUUUUGAACCACUUGCAAUGUUCCGAUCAGACCCAAACUUUGCAGGCUUCUUUGACUUGGCUUGACUUGCUUUGACUCUUUGACGCUUGACUCUUUGACUCUUUGACGCUUUGACUCUUUGACUCGCUUUGACUCAUGAUAACUUUUUAACCAGAAGAGAUAUUAAAAAACGCUUAACUGCAUUCUUGUGGCGCAGAAAUAAAUCUUCAAAUUUCCAGUUGAUCAUUUUUCGAUAUCCCUUCUGGUUAAAAAGUCAACUGCAAAGUUGAAGACAUAUUUCUGCUCCACAAGAAUGCAGUUGAAGGUUUUUUAAUAUCUCUUCUGGUUAAAAAGUUAUGAUCAAAAAACAAAUUAGGACCACUCAUUGCAUGCGAUAAUAGUGAAAAAUUUCCAGAGAUCUCAAUCUAGGUCAUCACUAAUGCACUUUCUGGACUUGGUGACCGUCCACGUUUUGAAAUGUGGCAAGACUACUAGAAGAUUCUACGGAAUAAACACGUGAACUUUUUGUAUUUGUUUUUACUCAUAUUUCAAACAUAAUCACUUUCUUCUAUUAUGGCAACAAUGUGUCGAUGUCAAGCAAUCGCGCUCAUCCUCAUUCUCGUACUGGCGGCAUCGUUCGGUCAGCUGCAUUUAGCGGGCAGGAAGUAAGUGGCUUAAGACGUAAAAGUUAUUCAAGAAUUUAGAGUGGCCUAAGAAUUUGGUGUAGGCUAGUAGUUUAGAGUGCCCUGGAAAUUCCUUGUGGCCUAGUAAUUCGGAGUGAAAUAUUCCGAUAGUUUGUACAAUUUUGUUUCCAGAUACCGCAAUUGCGGGAAGUUUUCACUUUAUACGCUGAAAGGCGGAUCGUCAAAAUCGUCUGGGAAAAGGACAAAUAACGAUAAAUCUAAACGAGGACGGCCCAAAAAGAGAAGAACUUUUGAUAACACAAAAAAAAGGUGCUUUUUAGUCACGCCACAUUGAAGCAUAUCUGUUCAGGUUGAACUUGGAACGGAAAUUGUUUCGGUACCGAAACGUGUUAAAGCAGCCGAGAUUAUUUCCACGGAGAUAACGAAGGUUCUCUACCAGAUUCGGAAUCAAUUGACAAUUAGUUGGAAAUGUCUGGACUGAACUGCAUAUGGCAGUCUACCAGACCCUUGUACGUAAAUGUGACGCCGACUGUCCAAAGCUCGAUCUGACGUGAGCGAGUACGACCGUAACUUGUGCUUAUAGUGUUGUUUAGACAAAGUGAUGCUGUAUUUUCUGAAAUAUUUGAAUACACCAGCUCGGAACCUAGUAAAGUGAUAUUGUCGGAAACAGUUGCCAGUUAAAUCCAAAAACAUUAUCGUUGUUUCCAAGGAGUUCGCACUAUUUUGAUUAAACGGCAUCGGUGCACUCUCGUACUUUCUUCAAAAAUUACUUUCCUACGAUGGUUCCGAGGAGUUGGAUGUGUUUCUUAGCACACUUCGGCUACCCCAGAAUGUAAAGGACAAAUUGUGGGCGGAACUCAGUGUUCUUCGAACUGACGCCCAUCAUAGAGAAGAAUCAGUGUUUGCCAAAUUCGGAAAGAUAAUGACACACUUUCGUAACGACGUGCUCAGAAAGACCGAUCAAUACUGUUUUGUGUGUCGACUGUAUUGGAGAAGACUCUCAACAAAUGACUAAGAGCUCUAUAGCAUUCGGAAUUUCCAAUUACGACGAGGAUUUGUGUUCAAAAUGCGCCGAUCGUUUCGACUGUGAAGACUGUCAAACUAAGGUGACUGUUUGCCGUAUAUGUAUUCGGCAGCUUCGAAACCGCAUGAUGCCUCAAUUAUCCAAACGGAAUCAAUUGAUAUUCGAUGAUGUUCCUGCCGAGCUUGCAUCCUUAAACUGUAUCGAGAAAAUGCUCAUUAAAAAAGUGCGCGUGCUGCAAACCGUUGUCUGCCUAAAAGACGUAGGCAAGAGAUCGACAAACGUUAGAGGAUGUGGUGGAGCCAUGGCUGUAGUGCCGACUUCCAUUUCGGAAAACGUGAACUGCAUAAUAUCGGAGCUUCCGUCGUCGAGCAAAAUGAAAAUUAUAGUGGAAGCUAAUUGGAACGACUCUUCGUAUUUAGUGUGUAUGGAUCGUGUAGUGAAGGCGUUGAACUGGCUAAAGUCAAGUAACCCGGAGUAUGCCACAAUUCAGAUAAAUUCAAAGUUUGCAUUCGAACUGGGAAAAUAUGUCGAAUUUGAGAAACACAACGCAUGUCAAGAUGAUGCCGACAAACUCGUCAGACGUAUCGGGAACACGGAAAGACAGCUUUUGAAACUAGUCGAAACUGUUAAGCCUCUAAAACCUGUCAGUCAACCUCCCGGUACCGAUUUGAGUGCUCUGCAACAGUAUAGACUUCAAAAACUGCCGUACUCGGCUAUUCUUAAAGAAGCGCCAAACACAGACAUACAAGCGUUUGUCGAGUUGUUUCCGAAAGGAAGAAGUGGCAUGCACGCCAAAAGAGACACCAAACUGAAACCGUCUAGCUACCUAAGAGCCGCACUGCUUAAUGUUAACAGAAGUCUGGCUAUAAAUAUUUACUGGCUCUGUUACCAAUUUGCUUUCAAACAGCAGAAGGCAGUUGCCGCUUGUCAAGGGAUUCAAGCCAGAUUAAACAACAAGGCGUCGAAGGAAUCUCCUAUAGAUGUGACGGAUCCUGAUAUCGUCAAAACAUUUUCGUCGGUUUUCUCGAAAGUCCGUGGUUUUAAGCAAUAUUGGAGAUCUGUGCGAAAACGACUGAAGUUUCAUAGCUCUUUCUUUGGACCACCGACAUUUUUCAUUACUCUCAACCCGAACGAGAGAGGAUGGCCGGAUCUUCACGAACUUUAUUCUAAAAUAGUAGGGUACAAAGUGGAUGGGACAACGAUAAGGUGAAAAUGAGCGGGGGUUUUUUCUAUAACGCAGCCUAUUACAGAGACGAAAUCGCUCGAGACCCUAUUCCUUUUUCCCGUUACUGGCAAAAGAGAGUGAACGCAUUAAUGAAAAACGUGAUUCUGAAAGACGACGGUCCGUUCGGGAAAGUAACGCAUCACUUUUAUCGGAUAGAGUACCAGCACAGAGGGACACAACACGUUCACUGUCUUUUUUGGUGUGCCGAGAGGCAAGAUUUCUUAGUAAAUGGCAUUUCUAAAAGAAAAUUUAGACCAAAACCAGAUGCAGACGCUGAAGAAAUCAGAGAGUUUAUUGAUUCGCACAUCACGGCUCGUAAACCGGAUGAAUCUGAAGCCGAACUGUUCAGACUAGUUCAGGAGCAUCAAAUGCAUCACCCGAACCACAAUGGAACGUGUCUGAGAUACCGAAAAGUCAGAGGGAAAGUAUUCAGAACUUGUCGGUUCAAUUUUCCUCGUCCCAGUUAGUUUUUCUAAGAGAGAAAAAGUACAUCAUUGUUUACAGUUCGAGCCAAGACCGCUGUGAUGUCAUCAGCAGAAUCCAAUCUGACUAAAACUAAACGGUGCUAUGAGAUUUCGCGAAACCCGGGCGAAGAAUUUAUAAAUGAUUACUCCGCUCCAAUUUUGCUCGCUUGGCAAAGGAACAUUGAUAUCCAAUUUAUUGGCAACAAUAAGAACGUGUUGUCAUAUGUCACUGCCUACACCACAAAAGUAAGUUCAACAUGAUUGACUAGUCUCAUCAGUGCGUUUUAAGGGAGAGGUGGCGAAGAAAAUGGAAGAGUUAAUCACGAAUCAGCAGUCGAUGACUCGAAAUCAGUUGAUUUACGCUUUGGGAAUCGAUGAAAUCAAUAGUCGUGAAGUUGGUGGUCCUGAGAUGGCCGAUUACCUUCUCGGACAUCCCAACUUUUGCUUUGAUAGAGCGGAAGUAGGGAUCCCAACGGUAGGGUGCCAUGGUUAACGAAGUCAAAAGUGUUUCUUUGAAGGACAAAGUGAACGAACUCUCAGCCGACGACGUCCUUACCCUUCGCAGCCGAGUCAUUCCAGAAAUCUGUGACCUCAGGGAAGAUCUACGUGUCAAACGUGCUGCCGCUAUCUAUUCUCAGAUUGCCGAAAGGGAUCCCUACGUGAUGGCUAUAAUGCCCCGAAGAGAGGAUGUAGCUGCGUUCAAUAAUGAGGUUAUAGUAGAAAAAUAAUAUAAUGGAACAUAUAACAAUAUUCAGGUUCUUAGCAUGAGUGAGACUGAAUCAUUUGAAGUAAUCGCGACAGAAACAAUUCUGGAGUCGAAAAAUUCGAAUGCUCACCCAAAAAAAGAACGACCUUAUCAGCGGAAGGGUGAUUUCUUAUUCAUCGCCUAUUCAACGAUGUACUGUUUCAGAGUUUUCUCUAGUAGACAAUCCUGAUCUAACAUUACCCGGUUUCAAAGAGUCUAAAGUUGGAAAUGGGAUGAAAAAUAUUUCUGGAGGUCUACAUGCAGUAUUAAAGCUAGCUAUCGGCGCUCGUAUAAUGCUCCGUAGAAACGUGGACCGAGUUAAGGGCUUAGUUAACGAAUUGACGGGAGUGUUAGAGACGGUCGAAACGACUGGAAAUCAUGUAACAAAGCUCGGAAUACGGUAUUGUCAGUUUCAGGCGGUGUACCUAAUUUUUGCACUACUAUUCAAGCUUCGAUCGAUUGCUCAACGAAAUUAUAUGGAUAGAAAAGUUCAGUGUUAUGAUUGAGGAAAAAUCUGGAGAGCGACACACCCGGACUCAGUUUCCAAUUGAACUAGCCUACGCGGCAACGAUCCACAAAGCUCAAGGUUUGACAUUGAGCAAUGUAAUCAUGUCCACGAAGUAUGAAAAACUAUCUUAUUAUACUACACAGCUCACCGUAUUUAUAGAAAAAUAUUUGACAACGCUCAGUUCUAUGUCGGAGCGAGCCGUGUCACCUCAAUUUCUGGACUGCAUCUCAUCGAUUGUUACGUGGAAACUGUGAAAGCCGAUUUUCGAGAGAUCGCCGAAUACGAACGUCUACGAAAAACAACGGAUGCCUAUGAUUUCCCGGAACCGGAGCCGCCCACGAGCAAUGGAAAUCUUCGAGAACCCGCCUAUGAUCUAUUUUCGUCUCCAUUGCUUCUCGCCAAUCCGGGAACAAACUGUUUCGUGAAUUCAGCUGUAAAUAUGUUGCACGCCUGUUCAAAUGUCAGCAAAAGUGUGAGAAGCCAAAUACCGACAUCAGAUCUCCACAAUGUUUGAUUAUUCUAGUGAACAAAAUCACGAUUUGUAAUUUAGGAACUCAAUAGUAUUCUGAAAAACGAAUCGAACUGUGCGAGUACACUACGCGGUCUUCUCAACGAAAUUGAGCUGCGCAUCGGCCAAUAAGACGUGGGAACAGCUUUUGUGGAAAAAAAAUUGUGUUCACUAUACUUUAAUUCAGAUCAUUCCACGUAAGUGUCUGAAGACUAUUGAAUUAAUACAAAAGUGCUAUUGGACAUGCGAUUUAUGUGGAGAUGGGCCCGUCGAACACGAAGUUGUGCAUGUAGUUCAAAAAGUAAUGUACGAUAGUGGAAAGGUGUCGGAAACCGAGCAAGACGAAGUAGUUCCAAGAACAUGUCGUCGGUGCGGCGUCUCACAAGAAUACCGAACUAUUAUCUACGACGUCCUCGAUGAAACUACUCACUUCUGUUCAAGGUUUUUCAAGACUAAAGCUAAUUGCUAUUUGACGGAUCUGACUGAUGAUGAAACGCUGACGCUAUGGGGAUCGGCAUGGAAAGUUGCGGGUUGGUAGCUCCUAUUUUUAUCAAUUGAAAAAAAAACGGGUUUCAGUAGUGUCCGAGUACAUUCCCACACCGUCGUGUGCUUAUUCGACAAACGGGCACUACGUGACUUGGUGCCGAAACGACAACGGAUGGACACGAGUUUCGGACGAUGAAACGACGAGUUUCCACACAACACCCUUGGAAACAAAAGACAUUGUUUUGAUUGUGUUUAAAAGAUUGCUAUGA